AUGCCGCAACACUCGCGGACGGGCGUCUCUGUCGCCUUGACAGCCGCCGUCUUGGCCUUGACUUCCCUAUUCGCCGCCAUCUAUGCAUUCGGGUUUCCUGAACUUGACUACUGGCAUUGGAGAGCUUCCUACGAUCCCUUCAGAGAUCAACCCUCGUCGCAAAAUGUAUUUGAUGCUUUCACCAAACCAUCCGCCUCGGACGACUACCUCGUCGGCGUCGGCAAGGCUGACAUCACCGGCCCCGUCGUCGAGAUCAAUCUCAUGGGCUAUGCUGACCCAGCUCAACUUGGUUCUGGUGUGAGGCAGCGUCUUUACUCUCGUGCUUUCAUUCUUGGUGAUACAGAGAGUCCCCGUGACCGUUUUGUCUAUCUUGUUCUCGACACCCAGUCUGGAGAUACUGCUGUCCGCAACGGCAUUCUCGAGGGCCUCAAAGACCUCGGUCCUGAAUACCAGGCUUAUGGACGACAAAAUGUUGCCGUCACCGGAACUCACUCUCAUUCUGGCCCUGGCGCUUGGUUGAACUAUCUUUUGCCGCAGAUUACUAGUCGAGGCUUUAGUCAACAAAGCUAUCAAGCCAUCGUUGAUGGCGCUCUUGAGUCUAUCAGGCAAGCCCAUGAGUCGCUUAGUCCUGGCCAGCUUUCUUUUGCUUCUGUCGAUAUUCAAAAUGCAAACAUCAACCGCAGUCCUUAUGCCUAUCUUGCCAACCCCGAAGAGGAGCGCAAAAGGUACGACCACAACGUCGACAAGACCUUGACUCUUCUCAAGCUGCGUAGAAACAGCGACAAGAAGGAUAUUGGUAUCUUGACUUGGUUCCCUGUCCACGGUACCUCUAUGUUGGGCAACAAUACUUUGAUCACUGGUGACAACAAGGGCGUUGCCGCCUACUUGUUCGAAAAACAUGCUGCUCAGCUCGACUCUGCCGCUGACGGCUUCGUUGCCGGCUUCUCCCAGGCCAAUGUCGGAGACACUUCUCCCAACAUCAACGGCGCUUACUGCGAGUCCGGAGAUGAUGAGGGCAAGCAGUGUGACUUCAAGACAAGUCUCUGCGCUGGCAAGAAUGGACCUUGUCAUGGACGUGGUCCUCACUGGGGACUGGAUGAUGCAGGCACUGCAUCUGCUUGGGAGAUUGGUCGCAGACAGUAUCUUGGUGCUCGCUCGGCAUAUGAGUCUAUGACCACCAAGUCGACCUUCACACCUAUCCAAGGUAAAGUCGUCCGCUCUCUUCACACUUUCGUCGACAUGUCGAACCAGACUGUCAUUCUGCGCAAUGGCUCGAGAGCCCAUACCUGUCCAGCUGCAAUGGGAUACUCGUUUGCUGCCGGUACUACCGACGGACCUGGUGCCUUUGAUUUCAAGCAAAACAAUCCUGGCGACCCAAAUGCAAGCCCAGUCUGGGCUGUUGUCCGCAACAGCCUGCAUUCGCCCGGACCAGAGCAAAUUGCUUGCCAGGCUCCCAAACCAAUUUUGCUCGAUGUAGGCGAGACCGAAAAGCCAUACCUAUGGACUCCUAAUGUUGUCGACAUUCAGCUCCUGCGUAUCGGUCAACUUGUCAUCAUCGUGGCCCCAGGAGAAGCCACCACAAUGGCUGGACGACGCUGGAAAGGAGCCUUACAGAGCCAUGCCCUUUCUGCCUGGGACGAAGCACCAAACGCAGCAGAGCCCAUAGUCGUGCUCGGUGGUCCAGCAAACACAUACGCCCACUACAUUGCCACAGAAGAAGAAUACUCCAUCCAACGCUAUGAGGGUGCAUCCACAUUAUUUGGCCAACACACACUAGCCGCCUAUAUCAAUCUCACCCUCACACGACUCCCCUACCUUUCUGCUUCUUCAGUGUCAAACUCGCCUCUAUUGCCGCCAUCUCAUCCUUCUCUGCCUGUGCUAGAACUCGGCGAAGACCCACCCAUCCACACCAACAAGUCCUUGAGUUUCAUCUCGCCCGUGGUAUUCGAUCGCGCACCCCUAUUCAAAUCCUUUGGCGAUGUAACCACAGAUGUCUCUGCCCGCUACGCCAUCUCUUCAUCGCCAAUCAUCAAAGCAGUCUUUGUAGCCGCCAACCCUCGCAACAAUCUCCGUCUCGGCAGCACCUUUGCCGCCGUAGAGAAAUACAGCAGUCAAGGCACUUGGGAACAGGUACGCUCAGACGAAGACUGGAGUCUAGUGUUUGAGUGGGAGAGAACAAGUACCACAGUUGGAACUUCCCAAGCCUCCAUUUCUUGGGAGUUGGGGUGGGAAGUUGGUGAUUAUGGACGUGUGGAUGCGAAGAGUGAGGGUUUGGGUUUGUUUGGUCAAGAAUUGGAGCUUGAGUUGGAAAAGAGAGAGGAUGUUGAAGAGAAAUUGAAGGGAAGAUAUCGGAUUAGAUAUUUUGGAGAUAGUAAGGGGAUUGGAGGUAGUAUCUCUGGAUUUGAGGGGAAGAGUGGGGAGUUUGAACUUGUUUGA